AUGGAGAACAGUUCCCGUGACUGGUCCAGUUUUCCAGACCACCUACUCGCCACCAUUGCAGACCGCCUCCCCACUAGAAUCGACACUCUCCGCUUCCGCGCCGUCUGCACCUCAUUUCGAGCCGCCCUCCCUCCUCCUCCGCCACCAAACCCAUACUCAGACAUCCACUAUUUCCACCACUCUCCCACCUCCAACUCUCCCAUACACUUCUUCAUUGCCCAGUCUACCGUUUACGCCAUCCAACCCCUCUCACAAAUCUCCCAUCCUCAUCACACCCCAGGAGCCUGGCUAGUCAAAGUCGAAGAUUCACCGUCCGGAGAUGUCAAACUCCUGGAUCCCUUCUACACAUCUCAAGUCAAGAACGUCUCCGACAAGUUACCUGGGUCAUUCAACUUACUGGAUUAUCGCGUUAAGGAGAUAAGUAAAGGAUACAGACUUGAAUUAGCUACAGACCAACAAAGGGAGCUCAGCAGAUCGGAACGAUGCUACACUGGCAAAGUAGUGGUUUCUGCUGAUGAAGAUGACGAUGAUGAUGAAUUUGCUAUUAUGGUGUUGAUUCAGGAAAAGGUUGUAGUAUAUGGAAAAGAAGAGAUAACAAAUGGCACAAUAUCGAUAUCCUACAAAGAUCGUACUCUGUGUGUGGAUCCGAAGUCCUUGAACGUUUCGGAACCAGUGGCUCCAUUGCGGAUUUCGCGAAUCAGGGCAGCCUCUUCCUUCCACUUGGUAAAGUCAUCUCCGGAUUUGUUCUUAAUCCGGAAGAACUACUUCUCGGGUAAAUCUGGUGACAGAGGUUGCCGGGUUGGGUUGAAUAUUUUCAAGCUUGAUGAGGGGAAGGAUGAGUGGGUUACGGUGAAGGAUGAAUUACAGGAUAGAGCCUUGUUCAUGUUCAAGGAAUGUAACUUUUUUCUUUCAGCUCAAGAGUUCUCAGGAUUGAAAUGGAAUUGUGUUUAUUUGCCUGAUAGAGUUCGUCCAAAUGUUGAUGGUGAUUACCCUGGAAGCAAUGCUGUGAUCUUUAGCCUGGAAAAUGGCUGUGCUGAUAAACUCUCAGCUUUUCCUGGUUUUUCCGAAAUUUUCUGGCCUCCUCCAAGCUGGCUCUUCUCUUAA